AUGAAUCGUGAUGAAUUGUUGUUGCUCACCACCGAUGAGCCAAUAACAUAUCACGAGGCAGUAGUCAAAGAUCUCUGGUAUGAGGCCAUAAAGAAAGAGCUCGAGUCCAUUAGGAAGAACAAGACAUGGGAGCUCAUCGACUUACCACCCAGUCAUAAGACCAUCGGGUUUAAGUGGGUUUUCAAGUUGAAAAGAGACAACAAAUGCAACAUCCUGAAACACAAAGCGAGAUUGGUAAUGAACAUGCAGAAGAAAGACAUUGACUUUAAGGAGAUCUUUUCACUUGACAUAGUUAGGCUAAUUCUUACCAUCACAGCUCACCAUAAAGAGAGUAAGUGUUGUUCCACUCACCUUAUUGAUGGAGAUGGUACAUUCAAUGUUGAUGGAAUAGAGAGUUUCAUGAAAGAAGUUAAAUUAGGCGAAUGUGGACUUUCCUAUGCUGUCGUUUCCAUUAUGGGCCCUCAAAGCAGUGGGAAGAGUACUUUACUAAACAAUUUGUUUGUGACCAACUUCAUGGAAAUGGAUGCUUUUAAGGGAAGAUCUCAAACAACUAAAGGUAUUUGGAUGGCGAUAUGCGCUGGAAUUGAACCUUGCACUAUAGUUAUGGAUUUAGAGGGCACGGAUGGAAGAGAACGAGGAGAGGAUGAUACUGCAUUUGAGAAGCAGAGUGCUCUUUUUGCCCUAGCUGUUUCCGACAUAGUGCUGAUUAAUAUGUGGUGUCAUGACAUUGGCCGUGAGCAGGCUGCAAAUAAACCUCUCUUAAAAACUGUAUUCCAGGUUAUGAUGAGAUUAUUUAGUCCACGUAAAACAACGUUGAUGUUUGUAAUACGUGACAAGACAAGGACUCCUCUCGAAAACUUGGAACCUGUUCUAAGGGAAGACAUUCAGAAGAUAUGGGACUCUGUUCCAAAGCCUGAGGCUCAUGCAGAAACUCCCUUAAGCGACUUUUUCAAUGUUCAAGUUGUGGCUCUUUCUAGUUUUGAAGAGAAGGAAGAUCAAUUUAGAGAGCAGGUGGCUAGCUUGAGGCAGAGGUUCUUUCAAUCAAUAGCACCUGGUGGGCUGGCUGGAGAUAGACGAGGAGUAGUGCCUGCCUCUGGGUUUUCAUUUAGUGCUCAACAAAUAUGGAAGAUUAUUAAGGAGAAUAAGGAUCUUGAUCUUCCCGCUCACAAGGUUAUGGUAGCAACUGUAAGAUGCGAUGAAAUUUCUAAUGAGAAGCUUGCAAAUUUUAUGGCAAAUGACGACUGGGUUGAAUUAGAAGUUGAAGUACAAUCUCAUGUUGUUCCAGGUUUUGGAAAGAAACUGACUUCAGUUAUAAGUGGUUGUCUAUCACAAUAUGAUGCAGAAGCUGCCUUUUUUGAUGAAGGUGUUAGAACUGCAAAGCGAAAACUUUUGGAAGAAAAAUUACUGCAGCUUGUUCAUCCUGCAUAUAAUUCUAUGCUUGGUCACAUAAGGUCCGAGAUAUUGGAUAAAUUCAAAGCAGAUUUCGACAAAGCUUUAAGUGAAGGAGAAGGGUUUUCAACUGCAGCUCAUAGAUGUGCAGAUUCUCUCAUGGCUAUAUUCAAUGGAAAAUGUGCAGAUGCCACCAUCGAACAAUCGGAUUGGGAACCAUCUAAAGUUCAUGAUAAGCUUCAGCGCGAUAUAGAUUCGCACAUUGAUGCUGUUCGUACUGCCAAACUCUCCGAAAUCACUAGCUUUUAUGAGUCUAAAUUGAACGAAGCAUUGUCGGGGCCAGUUGAAGCACUUUUGGAUGGGGCUAGCAUCGAUACCUGGCCAGCAAUACGGAAGCUUCUCCGUCAGGAGACUGAAUCAGCUAAGACUAAAUUCACAAAAGAACUUUCUGUUUUUGAGAUGGAUGAAGAAAGCAAGGGAAAAAUGAUAAUUAAUUUGGAGAAUUAUGCAAGUGGUGUAGUUGAAUCCAAGGCUAAAGACCAAUCCGCAAAAGUUUUAUUCUGUAUGAAAGAACGGUUUUCGACAAUAUUCAGCAAUGACUCUGAUUCGAUGCCACGAGUCUGGACUGGGAAAGAAGAUAUAAGAGCUAUCACGAGAAGGGCUAGAACUGCAUCUUUGAAGCUUCUUUCUGUGUUGGCUGCAAUUCGGUUGUAUGAUGAAGCCGAUACCAUUGAGAACACACUUUCCCUUGCACUGAUGGACCCCAAAAUGGAAACUGCUACCAACAGAAGCACAACUGCAGCUGAUCCCCUGGCAUCAAGCAACUGGGACAAGGUAUCAUCAUCGAAGACAUUGAUAACACCUGUUCAGUGCAAAUCUAUAUGGAGACAGUUCAAGAUAGAAACGGAGUACACAGUCUCUCAAGCAAUUGCUGCCCAGGAAGCCAGCAGACGUAACAACAACUGGUUGCCACCUCCAUGGGCAAUUGCCGCAUUGUUCUUUUUGGGUUUCAACGAGUUCAUGGCAGUUUUACGGAAUCCUUUGUAUCUAGGUUUUUUUUUUAUUGUUUUCCUACUUGUAAAAGCAUUGUGGGUGCAGCUUGACAUCGCAGGCGAAUUUAGACAUGGCGCUCUUCCUGGGCUUCUAUCACUAUCCACCAAAUUCCUUCCAACUAUAAUGAACCUUCUAAGAAAAUUAGCCGAACAAGGAAACAACAUGUCUACUCCUGAUCCUGAUCCUCAGAGGACUCCAGCAGUUGCCCCAAAAAGUUCCAAGAAUGACACAAAAGAUAAUGGCAAUUUUGCGGGCUCGAUCUCAUCCCAGACAACAAAAUGAAAUAAACUAAAACUCAUUACACUCCAGUAAAUCUUAUACAAACUGUGUGAUGGAACACAUAAAGUUUUGAUUUAGGUGCAAUUUAGCUGGGGCAAUGUUUGUUCAAGAGUCGCCCGCAUAACAUUUAUUUGUUUUUAUUAUGAACCUCCACAAUAUAUCUUUGAAUGAUUUUCAAAGCAUUGUAGUCA